AUGUCUGAAAGUCAGCGUUUAGGAUUAUCAGAGGAAGAAGUAGAAGCGGCUGAAGUACUGGGAGUGCUGAAACAAUCAUGCAGACAGAAGUCACAGCGGUCAGAGAACGUCUCGCAAGGCGACCGGAGGUUGGCGGGUGAGUCAUCGACGACACCGUUGAACAUUCUGGACCGUGUGAGCAACAAGAUUAUCAGCAACGUCGUGACGUUCUACGACGAAAUAAACACGAACAAGAGGCCUCUGAAGUCGAUCGGAAGACUGCUGGACGACGACGACGACGAGCAUGACGACUACGACUACUACGACGAGGAGUUCUUCACCAACAAGAGACAAAAGCUGUCGCAGGUGAUUGCGAAGGGGAAGGACAACUUGAAAGAGUACAAGCUGAACAUGUCCAUCGAGUCGAAGAAAAGGCUCAUUACAUGUUUGCAUCUUCUGAAGCUGGCCAACAAGCAGCUCUCCGAUAAAAUCUCGUGCCUGCAAGAUCUCGUGGAAAAGGAACAGGUGCAACCUGUGCCCAAACAAGAUUGCAGUGUUGCGACGACUGCUGGAGCUGGGGAAGAAGAGACAUCGUCUGACGACGACGACGAUGAGGAGUUUUUCGAUGCCUCGGAGCAGGUCAACGCCAACGAACAGUCUAUUGUGGUGAAGAUGGAGGUGGUCGGCACAGUCAAAAAGGUUUACUCGCUGAUAUCGAAGUUCACAGCGAACUCGCUGCCCGAACCUGCAAGGUCCCAGGUCCGAGAAAGCCUGUUAAACCUGCCCACAAACUGGUUCGAUAGCGUCCAGAGCACUUCACUGCCGCAACACACGUCGUUUCACCACGCCCACCACCAGGAGCAAGAAGUGGAGCAGCAGCAGCAGCAACGGCAGCAACAGCAACAGCAGGAGCAGCAGCAGCAGGAGCAGCAGCAGGAAUGGGAAGGGAACAGAAAUGGCGACGAUAAAGAGUCGUCCUCGUCCUCUUCGGUCACCCCGAAUGGGAAAGUCCUCAUCCUCGCGAAAGAGUCCCUGGAAAUGGUGAGGAACGUCAUGGGCGUGGUCGACUCCACCUUGGGCAAAGCCGAAGAAUGGGUGAAGCAAAAGCAAGAGGUGAAGGAGAUGAUCAAAAAACGCUUCUUGCAGCAACAACAGAGGGACGGUCAUCGCAUCAAGUCUUUCCAGGACACCCCCAAGAGCAGCGAGUAG